AUGGUCAAUGUGCUAAUCAAGACUUUAUUUAUUUAUUUUCUUCUGAAUACAUCAACAGCAACAAUUGAUAGCGAUGAGAUAUUUCCUUGUAAUGUAACAACAAAUCUAAAUGAAGAAACACUUAGUAUAGAAUAUGAAGCGAAAACGAUACAAGAUGAAUUUAUUGUUCAAUUUACCGGCUAUUAUACUGAAAUUACUCGUAAAAAUUAUUUAGCACGAGUCUUUGAACAUAAUAAUGUAUUUGACUAUGAGAUAAUUAAAAGAACUAAUCUCAUGCAAACUUAUCCAUCUGAUUUUGAUAUUGUUCGAUUUAAUGGCGAUAAACAAAUAAUUCAAGCUCUCAAGAAACGUCCAUUAAUUCGUGCAAUUAGUCCUCAUCGACAGAUUAUUCGUCAUAUUCAUUAUUCAACUGUUGAAGAAGAACAUGAAAUAACUGGCAAUAAAAGAAAGUUACAUCGUAGUCCACCAAAUUAUAUUCGAAUAGCAGAAACUUUACAAGCACCAAAAUUAUGGAAAAUGGGUCAUCGAGGUUUCGGUAUUCAUGUAGCAGUAUUUGAUACAGGUAUUCAAGAUGGGCAUCCACAUUUUCCUAAUAUUGCCGAAGUAACCAAUUGGACGGAUGAAAAAAAUGAUUAUGAUACCAUCGGUCAUGGAUUAUUUGUUGCUGGUAUUAUUGGUAGUAAUAGAGAAUGCUUAGGCAUUGCACCAGAAGCACAGUUACAUAUAUUCAAAGUUUUUACGAAUAAUCAUAUAUCUUAUACAUCUUGGUUUCUUGAUGCUUUUAAUUAUGCUAUUAUUAAGAAAGUACAUGUACUCAAUUUAAGUAUUGGUGGUCCAGAUUUUAUGGAUCAACCAUUUAUUGAUAAGGUAUGGGAUUUGACAUCGAAUAGUAUUAUUCUUGUAUCGGCUAUUGGAAAUGAUGGACCUUUAUAUGGUACAUUAAAUAAUCCUGCUGAUCAAAUGGAUGUGAUCGGAGUUGGAAGUAUAACUGUAGAUGAUGCUAUAUCACGUUUUUCAUCUCGAGGAAUGACAAUAUGGGAGCUUCCCGAUGGAUAUGGUCGAGUGAAGCCCGAUUUAGUAACAUAUGGUUCACUUGUUAGAGGUUCAAAUCUUGUAUCUGGAUGUAAAGUUUUAUCGGGUACAAGUGUUGCAUCACCUGUUGUUGCUGGUGCUGUUGCUCUUUUAGCAAGUUCUGUACUUCAUCGUACACCGAAUAUAAUUAAUCCAGCUAGUUUAAAACAAGCCUUAUUAGCAUCUGCUCAACGUAUUCGACAUGCUAAUAUGUUCGAACAAGGACAUGGAAAAUUAAAUUUAUUACGAGCUUUUCGUGUUCUCAAUCAAUAUGUUCCACAAGCAUCACUAAGUCCAUCGUAUAUUGAUUUUACAGAAUGUCCAUAUUUUUGGCCAUAUUGUUUACAACCGCUUUAUCAUAGCGCGAUGCCAAUUAUUGUUAAUGUCACAAUUUUAAAUGGAAUGGACGUUGUUGGUGAAAUUGUAGGACAGCCUCGAUGGCAUCCACAAGAGAUAUAUGGUCAAUACCUUGAAUUAUCGUUUGAUUUUUCAUCAAGAUUAUGGCCAUGGUCAGGGUAUCUUGCAUUAUCGAUGACUAUUCAUCAGAAUGCUUCAGAGUUCGAAGGAAUAGUACAAGGUUAUGUUACAUUAAGUGUUGAAUCACCAGCAAAAGAUUCGGAAAGCUUACCUCAACGAAGUGAUCUACUGCUACCGAUUCGUGUACGUAUAAUUCCAACACCAAUACGUUCUCAUCGUAUACUUUGGGAUCAAUAUCACUCAAUUGGUUAUCCACCUGGCUAUUUUCCACGUGAUGAUUUAAGACAGAAAAAUGAUCCACUUGACUGGAAUGCUGAUCAUAUUCAUACGAAUUUUCGUCAUGUUUAUGAACAUUUAAGAAAUGCUGGAUAUUUUAUUGAAGUAUUAGGAAAACCCUAUACAUGCUUUGAUGCUUCUCUGUAUGGAACCUUAUUAAUUGUUGAUCCAGAAGAAGAAUUUUUCGUUGAAGAAAUUUCGAAGUUAAAUAAUGAUAUUGUUAAUAAAUCUUUAUCGCUUAUUGUAUUUGCUGAUUGGUAUAAUGUAUCUGUUAUGAAACGUGUUCAAUUUUUUGAUGAAAAUACUCGACAAUGGUGGCUACCAGAAACCGGUGGUGCUAAUUUACCAGCAUUAAAUAAUCUUCUAAAACCACUUGGCAUUGCUUUAGGUGAUACUGUUUUAGAAGGCAAUUUUGAUCUUGGUGAACAUACAAUCUAUUAUGCAUCAGGUACACAUAUAGUUCAAUUUCCAGCUGAUGGCUAUCUAAUCUAUCGUCCAUUAAUUGAUCAAGGUGAAACAAUAAUACGAAUGCCUAUUUCUCCAAAAAUGCCUCAACAGCGUCAUUUAAAUCUAGAAGACCAUGAAAAUCUCGUAACACAACAACAACAAGAUAUUGAAUCUAUAGUCAAAUCUCGGUCUAGUUCAAUGCCAAUUCUCGGUCUUGUAGAAGCAUCUGGUGGUGGGCGUGUAGCAGUAUAUGGCGAUUCAAACUGUAUUGAUUCGGUACAUCUUUCACGUGAUUGUUAUUGGCUUUUAUUGGCUCUAUUAGAAUUUACAACAUCAAGUCGUGUACCUAAACUAUUUUUGCAAUUAGAUGAAAAUAAACAAAUGGAUCUAGAAGUACCUGAACUAGAAAGAUUAAAUACAAGUCGUUUACAUAAAUUUUCUCGUGUCAUUGAAAAAAAUGAUCUAGAUAAUACAAACCAACAAAGAAAAUUACCUCAAUGUAUUAUUAAUCGACCAGUUAAACCAUCAGAACCAUUGGCGACGACGUUGGCAUCACACAAUAACAUAAUGAAAUAUCAAAAUCGUUUCAUGUCAAAUGAUGAUGAUAAUAUUGAUAGUCAUGUUAUGAUUGAUCAUAGUGAAACAACAUCUCGUUUAGCGCAAGCCUUUUUUACAUUGCAAAAUCCUAUAUUUAUCCCAUUAUUAAUUGGUUCAAUUGGCGUUUUUCUUGUUUUUAUGAUACUAUGUCGAUCACGCAUUUAUCACUUAUUAAUUUUUAUAUUCUAUGGAAAUGAUUUUUAUCAUCAAAGAUCUUCUAAUUCAAGAUUAAAAACUACUUCAAAACAACAACAAUAUCAUUUUAUGUCAUCAUUCAGUAAACCAUGA